UCACAACAAUUGUUUAUUCCUAAGUCUUCCGCUCGACUUAUAGGUGGCGUUAAUUGGCUGCCUUUAUUUUGUUUAUGAAAAAAAACACCUUUUACAAAAAUCUCAUACACACAUACAAUAUCAGCACUUUUCACUCAGAUGUCGUAUGUAUUGUGUUAUGAUGUGUUUGAUCACAUAAAAUUUGACAAACGAGCCUCUUUUAUUAUAAUAGUGUGACUCGCAGAAGUGUCAACAUUGAAAUAUUUCGCUAACAAUAUGAGCCGUUUAAGCAAAGGUGACCCUAGUAGUUACUCUGAGCCAGAGAAUGUUGUAACCCGGCACACCGAAUUGUUCUGGAAUGUUGAUUUCGACAAUCAAAUGAUCAGCGGUGAAGCCAUCUUACACUUUGACAUCGUUGCCAAGGAAAUCGAACGCAUUUUACUCGAUGUAAGCGACCUGAUGAUCAGUGAGGUUAACGUUAUCACCGAAGAUGGAAAGAUUCCAGUUAAUCACUUUGUGUCUGAUUUGGUUAAAGAUAUCGGCUCGAAA